GCAAGCCGUAACAAAACCAUCUCCUUUCUGAAAUCCUUUUUCAAAAACCUCAGCACAAAAACCCUUCUCUUUCUACUCUCAUGAACUUAUAUUUUCCUCUCAUUUCACAAAAAACCCAACCCCUUGGAUGAUCAAGCUCCUCUCAUGGCAUUAUCGCCUCAAAUCAACCUCCGUCUCUCUCCAACAUCUCAAGCAAACCCAGUCCUCCCUUUCUCUCUCCCAAACCUCCAUCACAAACCUCACCCAAACCCUCUCCGACCUCAUAAAAUCAUCUGCAAAUCUCAAAUCAAUCUCCAAAACCCAAAACAUCCAUGCCCACUUGAUCUCCACUGGCCUCCACUCCUCCCUCUUCCUCCAGAACCACCUCCUCAAUGCAUACUUCACUUGCACCUCUACCGAAGAUGCCCGCAAUCUCUUUCGAGAGAUUUCGUCCCCCAAUGUGAUCACAUUCAAUGUCAUGAUCACCGGGCUUUUGAAUUGUGGGUUGCCCGGUGAUGCCCGCAAGGUGUUUGGUGAAAUGCCUGUAAGGGAUUGUGCUUCGUGGAAUGCGCUCAUGUCGGGUUAUUUUAAGAAUGGGAUGUUGGAGGAAUCCAUUGGAGUGUUUUUUGAAAUGAUUAGGGAUUCGGGCUUUGAUCCUGAUUUGUUUAGCUUGACUUGUGCGAUGAAGGCUUGUGGGGGGCUUCGGUGUGCUCAAUUGGGGAUGCAGAUUCACGGGUUGUUGAAAAAAUUGAAUCUUGAAGAUGAGACACGAGUUGAUUCUUCCCUUAUUGAUAUGUAUAUUAAGUGCGGGCUUGUAGAUUUGGCGGUGAAAGUUUUUGAACGGUCGGAAAGUCCGAAUCUUUUCAUUCAGAAUAGUAUGAUACUAGGGUAUGCGAACUUAUAUGGUGUCAAUAGUGCUUUAGAGUUGUUUCGGAGAAUGCCCGAAAGAGAUACAAUCUCGUGGAAUACUAUGAUUUCAGUACUAUCUCAGCAUGGACAUGUUAGACAAGCUCUUUUGAUGAUCAUAGAUAUGUUCACCAAAGGAUAUGAGCUUACUUCCACCACUUACUCCAGUGUUCUUAGUGCGGUCACGAGCAUUCAAGAUUUGGAUUGGGGACGACAUCUCCAUGCACAUAUUAUCAAACAUCAAUGGGGUUAUGAUGUCUAUGUUGGUAGUGCACUUGUGGAUAUGUAUGCAAAAUGUGGCAAGUUAGAUGCUGCAAAGAGAACUUUUGAAAUAUUACCAACUCAUAAUACUGUCUCGUGGACUUCACUUCUUGGCGGAUUCUCACAACAUGGGCAUGUUGAAGAAGCUCUGCAGUUGUUUAAUCACAUGAGAAGAGUACCAGUAGCAUUUGAUCAGUUCACCCUAGCAACAGUUUUAAGUGCUUGUUACAAUAGAAUGGAUGUUAGUUUAGGGAGUCAGUUACAUUGUCUUGCCCUGAAGGCAGGAUACAAUUCAUCUGUUCCAGUGUCCAAUGCUCUGCUGUCAGUGUAUUCAAAAUGCGGAAGCAUUGAGAGUGCCGAGUCAAUUUUCCACUCAAUGCCUUCUAGAGAUAUAAUAUCAUCAACGAGCAUGAUUACUGCUUAUUCUCAGUUGGGUAAUGUUACUAAGGCUCGAGAAUUCUUUGAUGCUAUGACUACGAGGAAUGUGGUGUCUUGGAAUGCUAUAUUGGCCACUUAUAUACAACAUGAAGAGGAGGAGGAAGGGCUCAAGAUGUUUGUUACGAUGCUGAGAGAGGAUAAAGUAAAGCCUGAUUGGGUUACAUUUGUGACGCUUAUUAGUGCUUGUGCCAAUAUCGGGGCACUUAGGCUUGGUAAUCAAGUCAUUGCUCAUACUCUAAAAUCUGGGUUUGAGUAUGAUACCUCUGUGGCUAAUGGGAUUAUAACUGUGUUGUCGAAAUGCGGAAGGAUCAGAGAGGCUCGAAAAGUUUUCGAUUCAAUUCAGGAGAAAGAUCUGGUUUCCUGGAAUUCAAUGAUCACUGCUUAUGCACAACAUGGUCAAGGGCAGGAGGCAGUUGAAAUCUUUGAGAAAAUGCUGUUAAAUAACAUAAGGCCUGAUUAUAUAAGCUAUGUUGCUGUGCUUGCAGGUUGCAGUCAUUCUGGGCUUGUUCAAAAAGGGAAAUAUUACUUCAAUUCAAUGACAAAUAAUACUAAAAUUUCCCCUGGCAUGGAGCAUUUUUCUUGCAUGGUUGACCUUUUAGGCCGAGCUGGUCUUCUUGAAGAGGCAAAAGACAUGAUUGAUUGCAUGCCUAUUAAACCAAGUGCCGAAGUAUGGGGAGCUCUUCUUGGAGCUUGCAAAAUCCAUGGCAAUACAAAGCUUGCUGAGUAUGCUGCGAAGAAUUUAUUUGAAUUGGAUUCAAAGGAUCCCGGGAGUUACGUUUUAUUAGCAAAGAUAUAUGCAGAUGGAGGAGAGUUGGAUAGCUCUGCAGGAGUGAGGAAACUUAUGAAAGAGAGAGGAAUUAGGAAGAAUCCAGGAUGCAGUUGGAUUGAGGUUAAUAACACUAUUCAUGUUUUCACCGCUGAUGAUGUGAAUCACCCACAGAUUAAUGAAGUCCUCAAAGUUUUGGAGAGAGUUAUUGCGAAGAUUGAAAGGUUGGGUUAUGUGAGGGAAGAUAGUAGUUUUGGAUCUCAAAGUUUUCAUAGUGAGAAGUUGGCAGUGGCUUUUGGUCUUAUUAGUUUGCCUACAUGGAUGCCGAUUCAUGUUAUGAAGAAUCUGAGGAUAUGUAGCGAUUGUCAUGGUGUGAUCAAGAUGAUAUCGCUUGUUGAGGGGAGGGAGUUGGUGGUUAGAGAUGCAAUCAGGUUUCACCAUUUUAAAGAAGGCUCUUGCUCUUGCAGGGAUUACUGGUGAUCAAGUUGAUAUCUCCUGGUUUUUUCACUGUUGAUUUCGUCGAAUCUGAGCUCUUAAGAUUAUGAAAAAAGCCCUGCAUCAACAAAGAGAGAUUGAGCAGGAAGCUGAGGAGCAAAAUCCGACGACGUUUUCUUCUAUUUACUGAGAAUCCUUCGGCUGUUGAUGAGGAAGCGAGAGUGUUGAAUGAAAUGUAGCUAGUCAUGGGUUUCAUGGAGCUUGUGUUGAUCACUGGUUGGUGUAUUUCGGUUGAUUGCCCUCUUUGUCGAUGCAAAAUUUUAACAUCCGUCAAGUAAUUUUAUUGACACUUUGCUACCUAAAAUUUACCAAUUUUAAUUGAGUAAUGUUGGAAUGUAGUGAGGAGGAGUUGGUUUGUGCUACGACAUUUUUGCAGGA